GCGUGCCCACCUCCUCCUGUUUGCCAUCCGCUCCAACCCUCUCGGUCUAUUCGCUGACUCAGUGCCUUAAGCAGCAUCACCGUUCACCUGAACAGAGCUACAGCAGCAUCCUCUGCGGACAAAUACAUCAGCCAUGGCCAAAACAGCAACCGCGUAUAAAGAGAAGAUGAAGGAGCUGUCCGUCCUCUCCCUCAUCUGCUCCUGCUUCUACCCAGAGACACGCAACAAGCUCGUGUGUGAGUUUGAAGACAUGGAGGUGAAAGCUAUAAACAAGCGGGCCUCUGGUCAGGCCUUUGAGGUGAUUCUCAAGCCCCAGUCUCCGGUGUCAGACCUAGCCCACAACCUCCCCUCGCCUCCCAAGAGGGACAUCUCCCUGGAUGACAUUGAGAAGAAACUGGAGGCUGCUGAAGACCGGAGGAAGUAUCAGGAGGCCCAGGUGCUGAGGGCUUUGGCAGAAAAGCGAGACCACGAGAGGGACGUGUUGCUCAAGGCCAUGGAGGAGAACAGCAACUUCAGCAAGAUGGCCGAGGAGAAGCUGCAGAUGAAGAUGGACCAGAUCAAGGAGAACCGUGACGCCCAUCUGGCGGCCAUGAUCGAGCGUCUACAGGAGAAGGAGAGACACGCAGCUCUGGUGCGCAAGAACAAAGAGCUGGGCGAGAGGGAGAGGGAGAGGGAAGAGUUGACAGCAUGAGCCUCACAGCAGUCCUGACUUCCGUGGUCCAUCAAAGUCCCUCCAUCCUCCCCCCUCCAUCGCCCCACCCUCACCCUCCUCAGAACAGACACCCAACCCCCUGGAGGCCGAGAAGUUCGAGGUCCUCACCACCACAUCACAACACACCACACCACACCACACCACACCACACCACCACCACUAUCAGUAUUAUCAGUGGAUACAAACAUCAAUAACACUCAUCUUGAGAGUUGAAUGGAUUUGUUGAUUUUAGAGAAAAUGUGAGAAUAUGGCUAUUAUUUUGUAAAUACUUUUUUCUUAAAGUCUAUCUAUCUAUCUCUCUCUCUCUCUCUCUCUCUCUAUCUAUCUAUCUAUCUAUCUAUCUAUCUAUCUAUCUAUCUAUCAUGGUAAGUGAAGUACAUACAGAUUGUACUGCACUGUACGAUUUCAAACAUUUUUGUUUGUGAUUGAUUAACGUUUCAGUUCUUGAAAAUUUGACUCCACAACCCUUUUUUCUUGUGAAAGCCGUCCGUCGGUGUUGUGAGUUGGCUGUAGACUGGCAUUCGCAGUGUUUCCUGAUGAUGUCAUAAUGAUGAUGAUGAUGUUUCUGUGUCUUUGUAAAAGAAUGACGGUCGGUGUACCUGAAACACCACAGGCUCCUACGAGAUAUCCCAUCUGUAUCUUCCUCACACGCACACCCACUCAUUCACGCUUGGAACGUAACAAUACGCCAAAACUCCACAGAUCCGUAAAGUGUCCACCUCCUCUGAAAUGAGCUUGAUAAUGAACUUGAUAGGUGCUUUGUUGUUGUUAAGAAUGUCUUUGCCCAAUGGGAGCAACUGUUAAUCAGAUUCCCACUUACCCCCGAACAACAGCACCUCUCAAUGAAUCCAUCUCCAGCUAAAUCACUCUAGCUCUGUUACAUACUCUUGAAUGUUACGACACCAUACUGGUACCAUGCAUAUUGUCUUGGACAGUGGAAUGUGCUGUUGCUCCCACCUUGAUAUUGAUAGUGUGACCAUACUGUAUGUCUGUGUGGGUGUGUGUGAAUGCGACUUUACCACAAGGCAUCAUUAGCCUCUGCUCUCUUUAGGGGAUUAGAUGGAGAACGAAUGCGGGAUGCUUUACAUUCAGCACACUGAACUAGUCUCUUUUUAAUAUACAGUACCACUGAUAUCUGCCUGCAUCCUCUGCUGCUUGUGUUUCUCCCUUCAUAUAUUUCUCUGUGAAAGCUUUGCUGAAUAAAGGUUUGAGGUUCUGUGAACAUGGCAUGCACCAUCCAAUACUUUUCUGUGCUAAAAGAAGGAGGGGAAAUGUAAACUGCCAAAUAAAAGAACCAGUUAUCUACACAUCCCGAGAA